UGACCCUUUGUACAGCGUUAACCCUCGGCGUCAUAACUAUCCUCCAAUCAGCGCAAAGGGAGGCGGAGCUUUAAAAACAUGUCGUCUGUAUCGGAGCUCUACGAUGUCACUUGGGAAGAUAUGCGUGACAAACUCCGUAAGUGGAGAGAAGAGAAUUACAGGAACAGUGAGCAGAUUGUGGAAGUUGGUGAGGAGCUGAUUAGUGAGCAUGCAUCGAAACUGGGAGAUGACAUUUGGAUAAUUUACGAGCAAGUGAUGAUCGCUGCGCUGGACUGCAGUCGUGAUGAUUUGGCUGAGGGUUGUCUACAUGAGCUGAAGAAGCACUUUUCAGACAGUCAAAGAGUGAAGCGAUUAGCAGGGAUGCGGCUGGAGGCACUGGAAAGGUACGAGGACGCCAAUAAGCUGUACGACUCGAUACUGCAGGAUGACCAGACCAAUACGGCAGCAAGAAAGCGCAAGAUCUCCAUCCUGCGAGCACAGGGCAAAAGCAGCGAAGCCAUUCGUGAGCUCAACGAAUAUCUGGAACAGUUUGUGGGAGACCAGGAAGCUUGGCAUGAGCUGUCCGAACUCUACAUCAACGAGCAUGAUUAUGCAAAAGCAGCAUUUUGUCUUGAAGAGCUGAUGAUGACAAACCCACACAAUCACCUGUAUUGCGAACAGUACGCUGAGGUAAAGUACACUCAGGGAGGGCUGGAAAACCUCGAGCUGGCCAGGAAGUAUUUUGCACAGGCACUGAAGCUGAACAACAGAAACAUGAGGGCCUUGUUCGGCCUCUACAUGUCAGCGAGCCACAUUGCUGCCAGCCCAAAAGUUAGCGCGAAGGUCAAGAAGGACAACGUUAAGUACGCCGCAUGGGCCACCUCUCAGAUCAGCAGAGCCUAUCAGAUGGCUGGCCGUGGGAAGAAAGAGAAUAAAUGCUCAGUAAAGGCAGUGGAGGAAAUGCUGGAGUCCAUGCAGAUCACCAUGUCCUAAACCACAGCUCUGUCCCCCACUCCCCCAUCCUCUGUCACCACAACAUCAUGGCAGUGCUCCCUGCUGACUACAGUACACCACCGCCACCACCCACAGACCAGACCACCCAACCGCCCCGACCUACACUCUCUAUACCAGUUCAUCCAUCUUUGUAUUGUUUGAGGUCCAUGCAUGGGCUUUAUACACCCCCAGCUAUUCAACCUUCACCACUCCGUUAUUAAUUUAUUAAGAGCUUAACGUUCGGGUUGAUUUUGGAUGGAUGUGAGAGUGCAAGGAAAUUCGGUAACACUUUAAGUUAUAUGUUUAUUUGUUAACAUUAAUAAAUGCAUUAAACAUGAAUUAACGAGUGCUUUCAGCAUGUAUCAAUUUUUUUCAUCCUGGUUAAUGCCAAUACAAUUGUUCAUGUUAGUUCAUUGUGCAUUAACUAAUGUUAACUCUUGAUUUUAGAAAUGUAUUAGUAAAUGAUGUUACUAAAUAAUGCAUUAGGUAAUGUUAACAAAUAGAACCUUAAUGUUAAGUUAUAUCGGAAAAUAUGUUUUGUACAUCUAAUUCUAUGUUGUAGUACGUAAGACUAGCCAGUAAGCUCUGAGUUAUAUCUAACAAUGCAGAUGCGACCUUAACAAACUGUGCUAACUGUACAUGCAACAAAAUUACAUCAUUCCUGUAUCUUUCUUUGCAAAAUAAAGGACUGCAUUUUUUAUUGAUGAA